UAAAUUCGUGGUGUGCCAGAAAAAACCGCUCUGCGUCCGUAUGUUAGACUAAAAUACUUAGAACACUUUUAUCCAUUUGCAAUCCCUCCCGUCCUUUUAGAAUUUUAAGGAUUUGUCGUGUAAUGUGAUUAAGCCAUCAGGAUGCCUUUUAUGGUAAUUCUCCUUCAUGUGUUCCUUUUAACAACGAAUAUCUUAGCCGCGGAUGAAGAAGAAGUAAGUAAAUGGGAUGGAAAAUGGUUUCCACAGCCACCAAAUGCUCCAGAUCCCAAUGAAAAAAUCCCUGAAGUUGAGGAUGCAAAGUACCCACCAAUGGGGGUGAUUGAUCCAGAGUGUGACGAUGGGAAGAAUAAUUUGACUCUGGACUAUGAUCCGAAGAAUGUUAGUCACAGCAUUGUUCACAUGUGCCUCGAUAACUACACCCACUACCGACCAAACUACAAUACUGCACCCGUGAUGAGGAUCUACCAGAUCCCAACUGCCUAUUCUGCCCCACACCGGUGCAUGGGGGUGAACAUUACGUACCCCGAAAACAUUCCAACAUUUGGACCCCAUAGGGCUCUCUGGCCCCAAUAUGGGGAGUAUCUUUAUGUGCCUGUACAGCGAUGGAUCCACAGUCUAGAACAUGGUGCAAUCGUCGCUCUGUACCACCCUUGUGCCCAUGAAGGGUUAACGAAGAAGCUCAAAAGCCUCGUAAAAGCCUGCCUCUUCCGCUACAUCAUCACCCCGUCUGAACGCCUCACUCCUGAACGUCCUUUUGCCUUAGUGGCGUGGGGUAAGAGUAUGGAAAUGUCUGUGAUUGAGGAUGGUCUCGUGCGUGAAUUUAUUCGUGACAACGCCCUCAGAGGCCCUGAAAUGACUCACCGUGAUGGCCAGUACAGUGAGCAACUAAUUGAGGCUGCAGAGAUUGUUAGCACAAAAGAUGAUGAAAAUCUCUGUCCACCAUCACAUACUGAAAGCAAUAAAGUUUAAUUAAUUCUCAGAGAUAUA